UUUAUCCGAUUAACAGCUGUGUCACUGCUUCAAAAAAUAAAUCCAUUUUUUCCAAACGGUCGCAUAAUUGGAGGUGAAAAUGCAGUAAUCGAGUCGUUUCCUUACCAAAUAUCCCUAGAGUACUUAGGAUAUCACACUUGCGGCGGCUCCAUUAUUUCUGCCCACUACGUCGUCACUGCAGGUCAUUGUGUUGAUGUACGUGCUGCUUAUCUAACAAUUCGCGCCGGCUCAUCUUUAAAAGGCCAAGGUGGCAGCGUACACCAAGUAGAUAAGAUUAUCCGUCACGAGCAGUACUUCACCAAUGAUUACGGUGUGCCGCAUUAUGAUGUGUCACUACUGCACGUAAAGCAACCGUUUCAAUUUGACGACAGCCGUCAGCCUAUCAAUCUUUUCGAUGUUGCUGAAGAAUCCGAGCCCGGCGUCAAAUCAAUUAUUACCGGAUGGGGAAAUACCGGAAAAGGUUCGCCCAUUCAACUGCAAACUGUAUCAGUACCCAUUGUUAGUAAGACCAUCUGCAACAAUGCCUACAGCAAAUUUGGCGGAAUACCAGAAGGUCAGAUAUGUGCCGCGUACUAUGGUGUAGGGGGUAAAGAUGCUUGCCAAGGUGAUUCUGGCGGUCCUCUUUCGAUCGAUGGGCGCCUCGCUGGAAUAGUUUCUUGGGGUAAUGGAUGUGCGUUGGCUAAGUACCCGGGAGUAUACACCGAGAUAUCGCAUUAUCGCGAGUGGAUCAAUGAGCAUGCCGAACUCGGACAAUAAUUGUUCGAAUAAAAUAUUACAUCGUACCUCCAAAUUACUAGACCAAUAAUUUUAAUACCAACUCAUAGAAUAUUGUGGACUUUUACCUUUACAAAACAUAAAAUAACAUUUGACGAUUUCACGUAUGUUCGUGAAUGAAUGUGUAAGACUAAAAUUUUAAAAUAAAUUUGUAAAUGAUUUUUUA